UUUCGAUCCAGUUUUGCUGCAGAAAUACGAACUUUUUCCAUAUCGCAGAGGUUUUUGCCGAAGAGGGAGCAUCUUCCUCGUUUGUUUUGGGAUAAAGAUGAUCUGAAAAAAAAAGCGGAUGGGCAAUAUACCCAUAAACCUUUAGUUAUACGUCGUCUUGGUGGUCGAGAUCCCGUAACAGGUCGAAAAGUGAACCAGCAUAUAGGCGGAGGUGUAAAGUUCGACUAUUUCAUUAUCGAUUAUCACCGUCGAGGUCCUAUAGAAGAAAAUCAGACAUAUGAUGAGAGAGUAAUUGAAGUCAGACGCGACCCAAAUCGUAGUAGUCAUAUCGCUUUAGUUGCUGGUUCUAGGGGAAAACGAUGGAUCCUUGCCACUGAAAAUAUGAAGGCUGGGCAAAUAAUCAGUACAAGCGGUUUUAUUCCUAACAAUCCAGUUAUCGGAAUCGAAGGCAACGCUUAUCCAUUAGGUGCACUUGCCAUUGGAACUAAAGUGAACAGUGUAGAACGAUACAUCGUUGAAAACCCUACUUAUCCUGGCGAUGACUCUGAAGUGCUAGUGUGUUUAGCGGGUAGCUGUGCCGAAGUUGUAAGACGUCAGGGAGAUUACGUCGUCAUCAGAAUGAGCUAUGGACGCGAAUUCGCUAUACAUAAAGAAUGUAUGGCAACUGUAGGCCGUCUAUCGCAUGCAGAUGUGUGGAGUAAACAAUUCGGUUCAGCUCAAAUGCAUCGUCGUUUUGGUUAUAAAAUGUCCAGUGGUUUGUUUCAUAAAAAAGACGGAUACUGUGGAAGAAAAGUUCGACGGCCACCACCAGUAACAACUUUGGAUGAACCACCGCCAUCGCCAAAACCACUUUAUUCUUUUACAUUAACCAAGGAGGAGCAAAGUGGAUUGCGUGGCAAUGCAAAGAAUCACCAUUUAAUUCAGUAUGGAUAUAAUAAUGGUGUUUAUUUUGAUGAUCUGUAA